AUGGCCACUUCAUCAACGCCACCUCAAUCACCACCAAUACACCGAGUAGCAUCACCCGCCAUCAAAGAGAGGGAAAAGAGAAUGAGUAUUAUACCAAAGUCCUUUAGGAAGAGCCAUCGACCAAGUCAUUCAAACAAUGAAGAACUUGGCAUUGUGGACACUGAUCACAGUCCACCUCGUUCGUCCAAUGUCCAACUGGGCCAGACCACACCGUUGACAGGUAUCCAAACAACGCCAAGUAAUAUUGAGUUGAGAGCCAGUCUGGAUCCUGUGGCCAUGUCAACAUCUUCUCCAGACUCUGAGCGCAGACACAAGCGUAACAGUCUGUUCUCACGUCUACUCAGUCGAUCUGGUCGCAAGGAUCAACCACCAGUUGAUGAUGAUACCAAUGGCGUUGUUGAGCAACUAACAAGCCAAGAGUCACCAAGUGGAUCACCUCAACUACACUCACGUUCAAGGUCCAUGGGGAAUGUGUCCAAGAUCACUAUCAAUCAUCAAGCGCCAACAACCAUGAACACUGUCACCAAUCACUCCUCAUCAUCAACCUCAUCAUCCUACUCCUCAUCAUCCAGCCCAGACACUGAACAGUCAUUACGCCAACAACUCCAUGAAACCAACUCCCAACUCUUACAAGCCAACACACAACUCUUUGACUAUCGCCAAAAGGAGGCAGCAUGGCAGAGUGAGCGGGAGACACUACUUCUCCAGAUCCAGAGCCUAACACAACAACAACAACCCUCUAUUUCCAACUCCAAUUCAAACUCUGAUGAUGAUGAACAAGAGAUGACGACGACAACGACUCACAAAGACAGCACGUACACGGACUCAUCAGUGGCAGCAUUGCUGGAGCUAAACUUUAUCAAUCAAAUGUCACAAUCAUCAUCCAACUAUUCACUGUCAGCGACAAUCUCGACACCUGACCAUUCACCAUUCGUCGCCAAUCGUAACGCACACAAUCGUCGUAGCAUGGCCAUUCAAGAAUCAAUGCGCAUCAACAUUGCCGAGCCACCUUUUGAAAGACUGGUGAUGGCACAACACAAUCCAUCAUUGUCUCCACCACCACAUCAACAACAACAACAACCACUAUUGGACAAUGUUGUGGUAGUAUUGUCCAAGGACAUUGAACAACAGGUGGAGCGUCCUGCUACUUUGGCCAUCACUACAAGCCCUAAACCUGAUGUUGCUAUAGUUGCAGUUCAACAAACAACUCCAAUCAGUGUACAGGACCAAGAGACGAUACUACGCCAAGGCAUACUCACAGACUGUCUUGAAAAGAUACUUUACAAGUUGAUCGAAGAGACUAGCGAUGCCCUAUUCAAGUCAUUCUUUACAUCCUACGAAUAUGUAUUCACCGCGCCAAGUAUACUGGAUACAAUGAUUCAAGUGUUCAAACUAGAGAGUCCACAAUGUCAAAUGAGAAUAUGUACAAUUCUAAAGCAUUGGCUAACAGAUUGUUCAAUACCAUCAUUAUGUGACAACUCUUUUGUCCAGAGGAUCCAUGAGUUUAUGGCUCAUGCUCGUUCAUUCGACACUGAAUCAUACAAUCAUAACAUUAUUGUAGAGUUGUGUGAGCAAGUAGAGAACAUACUCAAUGUCAAGGUUAUGGAACGUGGCGGCAGUACGAUUGUAGCCUCGGCACAACCCUACAAGUAUCCAGGUGAUAUUGUUUGUAAACAAUAUGUUACCAAGAGGUCCAACUCCAAGAUCAAGGCAUUCCUCUCCACAUCUCUAAAGUCCAGUAUCACUGCAUCAAUCUUUACGCAGUACAACUCGACCUGCUCGCCACCUCUCUCUCCAACUCUACAAUCCAAGGACGAGGCAAUCAAACAACUAAAGGACAUUGGACUUGGAGUUGGCUCACACUUGUUGUCCGUGACGACUGCGGACAAUAUUAGCCGUAGUGUUUCCAGUCCUGUUGCACCGGGUCGUGAGACAACACGUCCACGCAGUUCGACAUGGAGCACUCCCGACAUCUUCCUCUCAAUCAUGGAUGCUCCAUCCAAGGAGAUUGCCAAGGCACUGACAGUUGUGGAUUUCUCAAUCUUUAUGUGCAUCGAGCCUCAAGAGCUGAUGAAUGGUGUAUGUGGCAAGGCUGACCUAAAGGACUUGAGAGCAUUCAACAUAUCCAAGAUGAUCACACGCUUCAAUGACAUUUCAAUGAAUGUCAUCCAAACCGUACUCAAUGAGGAGCGUCUCAAGGAUCGCUGCAAGGUACUAGCCAAGUUGAUCAAGAUUGCCAAACAUUUGCAUGAUCUACGCAAUUACAACUCAAUGAUGGCUGUCUAUGCUGGCAUAUCACAUUCAUCAAUCUUGCGACUCAAGUGCACACACAAGAUCCUGCCCAAGCACAAUCAAAAGGCUCUGAUGGACUUGAACAAACUGAUGGACAAUGAGGAGAACUUUAAGAACUAUCGUACAGAGUUGAGGUCCAUCACUGUACCCUGUAUACCAUAUCUUGGUCUGGUAUUGUCCGAUAUGAUCUUUAUCCAGGAGGGUAAUCCAGAUUAUCUACCUGGUGAGGUGACAACAACAGUUGGUGGCAACGCGGUCUAUACGUUCAACUAUACCAAACUCAAGAUGGUACAUGGUGUAAUCAAACAACUACAACAAUAUCAGAGGAAUCACUAUAUGUUCAACGCAGACCCACGACUGGCAUUGUUGUUGACACCAAACUAUAAUAUCUUUAGUAACCGAAAGGUUAGCAACAACAUUAGCAUUGGCCAAGGUGACGGAUCAACUGGCGCACAGAGCAAGGUUGGAGAGGACAAGUCAACCACGACGACAACAACUACACCACAAGUUGACCGAUUGUUUAGGAGCUUCACAAUGGAGGACUUGCCAACCAAUGUCAAUGACAAUAUCACAUGGACCAAAAGAAGGAAGGACUACUCGGCACCAUUCCAUCAUCAAACACAACUACUACUUGGUGGUUGUGCUUCACAUCCCAACCUAGAAAGGUGCCACAGUGAGACCAACUUGGAUAUUUACAGGUCGAUCCAGGAACAACAGACCAAUGCACUGCUCGAUUCGAUUAUCAAGUUUGAUUCGUCAAUUGGAACAGCCACUACUACAACGAUGGCUACUAUGACAACAUCACGUUCGUCCACUGUUCAACAACAACCAAUAGUUGUAGAGUCCAAUGUGAUCUACACUCCGCCUCCAGAUGGCCAUGUCACUGUUGGCAACAAGAAGAAGACACAGAGACACAAGAGUGUCAGUACAAACAACAUCUUUGGUGUAUUGUCUCCAAGUAGACAGGACAAGGAUAAGGAUAAGGACAAAGAUCAUCAGAGGAGGAGUUCAUCAAUUGAUGAUUCACCACAACUAAGAGGUGGUGUCAACAACUACAACAACUAUAACAUCUCACCACUUGUCCAAUCGAUAUCAUCACCGAGUGUAUCACAGUUGGCCACGACGACAACGACGACCAGUUCCACAUCCUCUCCAACAUCGACAUCAUUGUUCAACAGACAACAGAGAAAGGGUAGUGAUGGAGGUCAGCAGGCAUGUCGUCCUCCACACUCCUUCCCACCAAUGUCCGAUGAAGGAUUGUACCAACUAUCAAUGAGACUUGAGCCCAAAGGUGUCAAGUAUCAAGACUUGCUUUGA